CAAAUCUCUGUUCGAGCGCAUAAUCCGUGAGCAGUGUAGUAGCGCAGCGCAGGGAUUCGAAGACCUUGAUCGAUGUCUGACCGUCCCUCCUCCUCAACCCUCGCCCAAUGCACAGCCUCUUCCCUAUCUCAUCGAGCCUCUACCUCUCCAACCCGGAGCCCCUGCCACUCGUGGAGCCGCCUCAGUCUAUGCCCACCUACUUCCACUCGGUACAGGAGUUCAAUGCGCUCAACUACCUCUGGCAGACGGUCUCUUCGCCCAUGAUCCUCAUUGCGCUAGGCGCGUGGGCCAUGGUCUCGCUGCUGCCAAAGCUGACAGUGAGUGACGGCACGUUAAAUGAGACACACGCUCGCCGUGAUUGAACGGCGCUGAACUACCCCUGAUGCUUUCGCCCUCGCCCUCGCUAGGCAUCCCUCGACCCAGACGGCGAAAUCGCUCGUGGUCAGCAGCAGGCCCAGUCGCGGAUCGCGCCUCAGGCAGCUGGCAACGGAGCUUCGGG